UCUUUUCCGGUCACAGUCAAAGUACGGAAGUGUUCUGCACUGCCCGAAAACUUUCUCUACAAGACACAUUUUAAGUCGGUUUCUAGUCCUUAUACUUGCUGUCACAAAGUAUGGCAUUCCCAGGAUAUAACAGUUAUGGUGGUGCAAUGCCAGGAGUUCCUGCUCAGGGUAUGCCAAUGCCAGGAGCCCCUGCAGGAGUUCCUCCUGGAGGUGGUUUCCCAGCACAGCAAUAUGGGGGGUACCCAGGGGGUUUUCCUGGCCAACCUGCCCAAGAUCCAUUGUUGGGAUAUUUCACAGCCGUAGCUGGCCAGGAUGGUGAGAUUGAUGCUGAAGAACUCCAAAGAUGCCUUACCCAGACUGGAAUCAGUGGUUCCUACACUCCCUUCAGUUUGGAAACAUGCAGGAUUAUGAUCUCCAUGCUGGAUAGAGAUUACACAGGAAAGAUGGGUUUCAAUGAGUUUAAAGAACUGUUUGCAGUGCUAAAUGGCUGGAAGCAGAACUUCAUAAUGGUGGACAGGGACUGCAGUGGAACUGUGGAACCUCACGAGAUGUCCCAGUGUAUUGCAAACAUGGGGUAUAGAAUCAGCCCUCAGGCACUGGACUCUAUCAUCAAACGCUACAGCAAGUCAGGCAAGAUCUACUUCGAUGACUAUGUGGCAUGUUGUGUGAAGCUAAGAGCGCUAACAGACAACUUCAGGAGGAGAGACACAAUGCACCAGGGAAUGGUGAACUUUCAGUAUGAUGAUUUCAUCUUGUGUACCAUGUCUCUCUGAAGGAGUUUAAUGACGAGCAUGCACUCCAAGAAGAGCACUGAAUGACUGAAAAUCCAGAAAGAAAUAUAUACAGCUCUGGAAAAAAUUGAGAUCACUGCAAAAUGAUCAGUUUUUCUGGAUUUACUAUUUAUAGGUAUGUGUUUGAGUAAAAUGAACAUUUUUGUUUUAAAGUACUGACAACAU